AUGGGGCUCAGCGUGGUUUUGCUAUUUCUACACUUUGGUACAACUCUGUUCCUGCUAACGCAAGCUCUACCCUACAGCCCAUGGCUGACAUCACAGCAUCACAGUCCACUUUACGAAGGUGUGAAGCUGCUCGUUGCGGAUGCCGAGUUUCAGGCGGGAUUGACUUGGAAUGAAACCGAAUUUCAGCUGCUUGAAGCUGUGACUGCUAUGCGGGACACCCAGACAGUGCUCGAUGACUAUGAACCUUUAAUAGAGGAACGUCUUAACGCUAGAUUACUCGCUACGCGUUCCAAAAGCCUUUAUCAACACUGUUAUUUGCAGCACGAUUAUGUCAUUGCAAAUUUCGAGCAAGAACUUGCGCUUAAACUGCAGAGCUGCAGAGCAAUGUUCACCAAAAGUUUAGCUGCUUUGCAGAAUGAGUCCAAUAUUGAGCUCAAUUUUAUACGUGGCGCUGCAGUGGAAGCUCGAAAUGUCCUUACCGCCUGUAAUGUGGCUGAGCUGAGAGGUAGAGAGAGCAAUAGAGAUAUCGCUGGCAUUACCAUGUGUGUGAUCAGUCGGAUUGGUGCGCUUGAUCAGCGUCUUUUGGCGGCUUCUGAAAACUUUCUAGAUCUACUUGCCACUGAGAAUGCGGCGGAACUUGCAGGCAAUAGCUGCGAGGAGUUCGAUGAACUACGUCAGUUAUUCGAUAGCGUUUAUGAUGACGUCAGUGAGUGUGUGGGAGAAAGAGAUGUCUAA